UACAUAUUUUGACGUUUAGAGUACACGUCAAUCUUCAUACAAAAGACAAAGUUUUGUAAAUACAUAUUUUCUCUAUUUUUUAAAGUUAUAAAGCGAUAUUUAACCGUGGCAGCCUACAAGAUGAGGAGAGCCCACGCAGGUAACUAUUAUGAACCAUUACCACAAGCUUCCAACGAAAUCGAAGAUGAAAACGAUAGAAUGACUAAUGAUCUGCAAGAAAAGAUUGGCGUCUUAAAAUCGUUGACUAUAGACAUUGGAAAUGAAGUUAAAUACCAGGACAGAAUGCUCAGAGAUGUGGACGACGAUCUAGAUAAGACUGGAGGCUUCUUGGGCACCACAAUGUCGAGAGUACUGAGAUUAUCGAAAGGAUCUCAUAAUUACCUCAUCCUGUAUUUAUUUGUGUUUUCUGUAGUGGUGUUUUUUAUUCUGUAUCUAGUUAUUAAGUUUAGGUAGAUGGUGUAUGGUUUGUAUUAUUGUAUAAUUAUUUAUUGGACUGUAAUGUAUGCAUAGUGGGGACAUAUUUGUAUUAAAAUUUUACUGGAUUUAUUUAAUUUCAAGGGGUAACUAUAAUAGACCAUUUGUUGAAUGUAUUUGUCUCUAAUGACCACUUUGAUAAAAUAAUUAUAUGAUCUGUAUAGUUUUACUUUAAGUAUAUUUUUGGUGCAGUUUAUUUGGGAAUUAAACAUAAUUUUUACUGCAUAAUGUGUUAAUUAAACAAAUUACAUCAAAAUAUUAAGUUUCAUUCUUUAGAAAAGUGUUCCAGUUCUUUAUUAUUUUUAUAUUCUCUUGAUCUGCAUGUGGUUAUUAACAGAGGUGUAAGGAGGAUGAUCCUAAGGGGGGGGGGGUUUACAACUACUUGAUGGUCUCUGGGGAGUAUGGAAUAGUAAUGGUGUUAAGCAUAUGAAGCUCAAAGUACAGUACAUCCAAAUGGGGGGGGAGGGGUUACAACCCCCAAACCCCCCUGGUUAUGCCUAUGGUUAUUAGUUUUUAUUGCCUUCAAUGAAAUGUUUUUUUUAACUAUCAAAAAACUGUUUAAUGUGUAUAGUUUUUGUAUAUUGUUUUCCCAUCAAUAUUUAACAAUUUGAUUAUGUAAUAUUGUUAUAUUUAUGUAUUAUUAAAAUAAAAAAUUUAGUUUUUUAGAA